UGGAGCCUUGAACUACAUUACCCAAAAGACAAUGCGGUGUACCAGGAAGUAGGUCUGACGUUUCCGUAGUCACCGUGAGAUUGGUUCGCCGUUUGUUUCUUGCACCGGAGAAGAGCGGCGUCGAGACGUACUGGAAAGAUUUGGAAACCUUUCUCCUCAAAAAUCUUCACCAUAAAAUGAAACAAUUAAUCCACUCUGUCAACCUUAAAAUCUGCUCCAUUACGAUUAUCCUACUGGUGAUGGGCCUCUCUUCUCCUGGACAAGCAGAAAUCGUCAGUUUGGAAUCUUCAAACAUUGAUGACGUCCUAAAUAAUGCAGGGGUGGCGUUGGUUAAUUUUUAUGCUGACUGGUGUCGGUUCAGCCAGAUGCUGCAUCCAAUCUUUGAGGAGGCGUCAAACAUAGUGAGAGAGGAGUUUCCCGAUACGAAACAGGUGGUGUUUGCUCGUGUUGACUGCGACCAGCACUCGGACAUUGCUCAGCGUUACCGAAUCACUAAGUAUCCAACUCUGAAGUUGUUCCGCAAUGGGAUGAUGAUGAAGAGGGAAUACAGGGGUCAGAGGUCAGUGACGGCAAUUGCUGACUUCAUCCGCCAGCAGCAGGUUGAUCCUGUAAAAGAAGUACACUCGCUGGAGGAAAUUACUUCAGUAGAUAGAAGCAGGAGAAACAUAAUUGGGUUUUUUGAAACAAAGGAUUCAAAUAACUAUCACACUUUUGAAAAAGUUGCAAACAUCCUUCGAGAUGACUGCACAUUUUUAGCUGCUAUUGGUGAAGUAUCAGCGUCUGAGCGUUUCAGUGGAGACAAUGUCAUCUACAAGCCGGUGGGCGAGAGCGCCCCGGACAUGGUCUACCUCGGCUCCCUCACCAACUUUGACUUGUCAUACGCAUGGACGCAGGACAAGUGCGUUCCUCUCGUAAGAGAGAUCACCUUUGAGAACGGAGAGGAGCUGACUGAGGAAGGGCUCCCGUUCCUCAUUUUAUUCCACAUUAAAGAGGACACAGAAAGCUUAGAGAAAUUUCAACAUGAAGUAGCUCGCCAACUCAUCAGUGAAAAAGGGUCCAUAAACUUCCUCCAUGCAGACUGCGAUAAAUUCCGACAUCCUCUACUCCACAUCCAGAAAACUCCAGCCGACUGUCCUGUCAUAGCUAUAGAUUCGUUCAGACACAUGUAUGUCUUUCCUGACUUCAAAGACCUCUCUGUUCCCGGUAAGCUGAGACAGUUUGUUCUGGAUCUUCACUCUGGCAAGCUUCACCGAGAGUUUCACCACGGUCCAGACCCCACAGAUUCCACGCCAGGACAGGAGGAGAAGGAAGCGGCCAGCAAUCCUCCAGAGAGCUCAUUCCAGAAGCUAGCGCCCAGCGAGACUCGCUACACUAUUCUCAGAAGGGACCGGGACGAGCUGUGAAGGAAACAGCCUUUUCAGAGAUCCUGUGACUCAGUGCCACACGCCGGGUUAGGGAGGGGGUUAGGGUUGGGAAAGGUUAGCGGGACAGAGCAGUAACACCUGACACCCUUAUUGAAGAUAGAGAGGAUGAAGAAGAAGGAUCAGAAGAAAACGACAUUAACAGAGGAGAAGAGAGCAGUCCACAAUACAACCACGUUGGAAUAAUCUAUAUUUUCAUAAGUCUUUCAUAUAGUUUUUACUUUGAGUUAAGAGAAACGGGGAUAAAAGAGAAAAUGUUCUAUGGCUGUGUGAUGUGGGGGUAUUAGGACAUUAAAAAAAAGUUUACUUUUAUUUUUUUGGAUCUUGUAAAUAUGUUUGUGCUGCAUUGGAAUCACAUUAUUGGUCUAAAUUAAAAUGCACAGUUUUCUUUAUUUAA